AUGGAGAAAACUCCCAAUAAUUCAAAUUCUUCUAAUAUUAAUUCACAACAAAAUAAGCCUAAUUUGUGUAAUAAAUACAAAAGAUAUGAGCAAUCAAUGAUGGUGCAGGCUACAGCACUUAUUAUCGAUAAUAUUGGGUUUUCAACGGCGAAUGGUUCCGUGAUGAAUAUACUUUCUUGGUUGCUUAGAACGUACUUUGAGAAAUUAUGUAGAGAUUCUGCUUCUUUGGCUGAAUUUGCUGGUCGGGAUUUUGUAACGCUUGAUGAUGUUUCCAGAAUGUUUAAUCGUCAUUCGAUAGAUUUUCGCGAUCUUCAUGAUUAUCUUCAACAAGUAGGCAGUUUUCAUUUUCCUGAGCAGCCUCCUUUAUUUCCUUUGCCUCUGUCUUCCUAUAAAGCAAUAGUUGAGAAGCAGGAAUUAGAUCAGAAGGAAGAAGAGGUUACAGAUAAAGCUGAUAUUAACGAGAAAAUACAUGUAAAUGAUGAUGAUAAUGAACAACAAGAUGAUAAAGCCUUCCCUAACUUUUUUGGAGCUUAUGCUCCUGAUCUUGGCAUCACUGUUAAGAAAUUUAUUCUACCAUUGGUAGAGAUUAGUUUAGAGGCAGAUUUUUCCAGAAAUCCUCAAGUAGCAAACACUUCAUUUACGAUUGUACGACAAGACUUUUUCUCUGUUCCUUGUUUAAGUCUGAAAGGUGUCCCUGAAUCUGAACGUCAUAAAGAGAAAAAAAGGCGAAAAAAAGAAAAGCGUGAGCAACAGCAACUCGAAGAGGAAAAACAACAAAAAAUUGAAGAAGAGAAGAGAUUACAAUUGGAAAGAGAAAAAAUACUGGAAGCUGAAAGGAUUCAAGCUGAAGCAAAGUCAGCUGAACAGCAGUUAAAAGUUCCAAAAAUAAAAAUACGUUUUGGUCCAGGCCUUUCCACUACUACUUCACAAACUACUCCAUUAUCCGAGCCACAACAAACUCAACGCCAAAUGUUGAUCUCUCCACCUCUUGUAACUUCAACUGAUAAACCAAAAUUAAAUGCUCCUCAACCCUUACCAAAAACUGAUAAACAAGCACAACCUUCAACAUCGAAAAUUCCUACAUCUGAUGCCUCAAUAUCCAAAAAAUCCUCGCCACCCGUUGAAGAAAUAAUUUUUGUCGAAGAAAAACAACAAUCUACUCCCGUUGCAAAAACACCACCAGGUCUUGAGGAAAUUAAAAAAGGAGCUAAAAAGCGAAAGAAAUCACCAAAAAGAGCUGUUCCUGUAGUAAUGGAGCCAGUCGAAGAGUUGUUCAUUACAGCACCGAUUCAGGUCCAAACAUCUAUAAAGGAUGCGACACCUAAAAAGGAAGAAGGUUGGCAUUUAUGA